UGCUAAACGCGGACUCUUGCUGUGUGUUUGUCUUUAUGACAUGAAGCGUAAAGACAGCUAAUCAACACACAAGAAUCCUUACAGUAGCUCUGCAUUUGUUGGAUAUUUUUUUAUAUGUCCGAAAUAAUCGAAGAUUUCACCACCAAUUUACAUCCGUUUGCUGGUGUGGUUUUUCUUCAGAGAACAAUCAUGGCGGAUAGCGAAAUUUCCAGCGCCUUUCAAUUGGCGGAUCCCACAGAUAAGGAACGUUUCUUUACACGGCUAAGGAAAUUAAAUGUCAACGACACAAGAGAAUUGGACUCUUUUCUCGAAGACUACAAAUAUCGUAAGCUUAUUGUAAAUGGUUUCAAUCGAGAUCUAGUGAUUGUCGGCCGUGGCGAGUCGACCGUGUUCGAGGAUUUCACUUUACAAGUCUGGAAAAAAUACUAUAUCGAAGAGGAAGUUGCACAGAUCGGUAUGUUGCAAGGAAGCUUAUCAUUCCCGGUAGAGGGUGUGUUUGUUGGGAAGUCUUCAGGUCGUGUCUAUGUCUGUCAGGAGUGUGAUGAUUACCAAGAACAGUGCAUUGUCUGCAUUGCCUACAGCUUGGAGCAUUUCCUUGUCCGUGGUCCCCAGAAGCUGCUGGAAUACAAUAAACCUCAGUGUUUGUUUGAGAACUGUUAUGGAUGCUUUGAUCCUCUGAUUAAAGACAGAGUUCUAAACUCAAUUGGACUGUAGGUCAUCAGCCAAUAUUUAAAGAGGGAGGGUAAAGGCUACAUCUUAAGUGGAAACCACAGACACAAAAAAAACAUCAACUAUUACUUUGGUUAUUUUUGAAAGUAUUUUAAAGUGGCUGAAUUUUUGCAAGUGACUUUUGUUGUGGUUGCUGAAUGUGGUUCUGUACUCAUUUUUACUCUCAAAUACUUCAUUUGAAGAAGUAAGGUGGGUUCAAAAAAGAUCCACUUUCCUGACAACUCUCAGUGAAAUGAUUUUCAAACAAUAACAGUUAAUGUCCAAGGGCAUAAAUAAAUUUUUGGGCCAGCUCAGAGCAACCUUAACCUGAGCCAAUGUGCACAUUUCUGCCCAAGAAAAUAAACUGUAUUACUAUUAUUAUCACUUUGGAUGGACUUGAGUAUUCAAA